GACUACGACUCCCAAAGUCCCAAGUUUCAAUUCCAAUUUUAUAAUUUAUAAAGUACUUAAGUACCCACUAUCUGCACAAUAUUCAGCUGAAUUAUUUUAUUUAAUUUUUCAGUAUUAAUAAUUCUGUUUUGUAUUCAGUGAACGUUUCAGAUUAAACAAUAAUCUAAACAAAAAUGUCUAAAAGAAAACAAGUCAGUGCAGAGGAAAAACGUAUCAGGAUGUUGGAUUUAUUUCAUGAGAAGAAAGAUUUUUACCAGCUCAAAGAAUUAGAAAAAAUUGCACCAAAAGAAAAACAAAUAAUAGUACAAUCAGUAAAGGAUGUCAUUCAAAAUUUAGUGGAUGAUGGUUUAGUUGACACUGAUAAAAUAGGAACAUCAGUGUAUUUUUGGUCUUUUCCAAGUAAAGCAAAAAUGUCUAAGAAAAAUGUAUUAGAUAAUACCAAAACAAAAUUGGACGAGUAUGAAAAAAAGUUUAAACAGAACUUAGAAAUUAUCGAAAAAGAAAAAGUAGGAAAAGAGAUAACAGAUGAAAGACAAGCACUUUUGAACAAACUCAAGGCACUCAAUGAAGAAAAAUUACGUGUAGAAAGUGAACUAAAGAAGUAUGAAGAUUCCAAUCCAGUUGAUAUUGAGUGUAUGAAGAAAAGUAUCCAAGUAGCCAAGGAAGCGGGAAAUCGUUGGACAGAAAAUGUUUUUUCAGUGAAGUCGUGGUGCAAGAAGAAGUUUUUCUUAGAAGAUAGCGUCAUCGACAAACAGUUUGGGAUUCCAAGUGACUUGGACUACAUAGAAUGAUAAUGUUCAGAACAGAUCAUAUAUACUAUAUUGCUACUUACCAUGUAAUUAAUGUUCCCUUGGAGACGUGAACCAUGUUUUUCCUAUUUUUCUAAUAAUUAUUAUAAAAGUGUUAAAUAA